AUGGCGCUUUCUCACAGCCGAGCAGAGAGAGUUCUACUUCCAGGAGUUCCAGAGUUCUGGUGGGAUAGUGCGGCGUACAGCGAGGAGGUCAUUAGACAGGUCUUCAUGGUCCAUGCAGCCAACCGUUACAAAGACAACAUUCACAGAAUGAGGAGGACGCAACAGAAGCAUAUUUCUGUGACCCAGGAGAUCUGGGAUGCUUGGAACGCGUUCUGGAACUCAGAGAAAGAGAAGAAAAGGUCAGAAACCGCCCGAGCAAAUCGGAUGAGCGAGCCAGCGGGCGCCGGUUCUGGACCUGUCCGCCAUACUGGUGGAUCUCGCUCUGCUCUGAAGCAUAUGGAUGUGAUGGAAAGGGAGCUUGGCCGGAAACCGAGUGCGACGGAGUUGUACACUCGCCUUCACUCCACGAAGGCUGACAAGAAGCCGGUUGACAAACGGGCUCAGGAUAUGACUGACUUCCUUGAAAAAUGGGUGAUGCUCAUAUUACAGAGGAAAUGCUGUCGAAAUUUCGACGCCAUCACUGAGAGGCUUGCUGCUGCGACACAGCCUCAGACCAGAGAGGGUAGCUCCUCGAGCCCAGCUGCCGUGGACGAGACCCAGGUGUUUCUAGACAUCGAGGGCAUCAACAAGAAGAAACGCGUGUACGGCUUGGGUUCUGCGAGCAGCAGGUACGCCGGGCCAAGCACCAGGGUGCAUCGAGGCAGCUCUUCUAGGACGUCGCAGCAGGCAGACGAGGAGGUCGAGCGCCGUGUGCAGGCCGGCAUUCAGGAGGGUCUGCGACUGGCUCGGGAACAUCAGGCUGCGAACAUGGCCCAGAUGAUACACGAGGAGAUUGCCAGGAUGAUUCCUAACCUUCCGGCAGAGUAUCGGCCAAAGCGCCCACCUACCCCACCAGACGAUGACGACACACCAGCUUUGUAG